AUGCACGAUUUCACCUCAGGCAUGAUUUCGCUUUUGUACGGUGCCGUGAGUUUCCACAUUCUGCCUCAUGAAUCGCAUGUUAGGAAGUCAUGCAUCCGUACACUCACUGCUCUCUGUGUCGCACGCCUUGCUGGUCGUGUCAUACGGUGCAGUGGCCAGUUGCGCAACGCGGCCAGCAUUGGACGCCGUCCUUUGUCUUGUUGUUCUCUGAGCAAGUCAUUCACUUUGCAGAUCAAGGAUGAGGCUGUGAGUCGUUCGCUCGUCAUCCAUGAUCAUCGAAUGCUGAAUGACCAGGAAAGCGAGGAUCUGACAAGCUCAUCCGUGCUGUUCGAUUGUCUCUCAUAA